UCUUUCCAAGGGUGGAUAACAUUUUCGUUUUGAAAGAAAGGGAAGUCAAAAUUUCCUUCCUCUUCCUUACCAGUUACCCUCCCCCCCUUUUCUCUUUCCCUAUCCAUCCUCACAAACUGCAGAUUAUUUGACCAGAUGACCUUACCAUCACCUCUCAUCUCUGAAUAACAAUGGCUGACAUUGGAACUCUGCUCACUGUCGCCCAAACACUAUUUACAGCACUACAAUCUUCAUAUGAGCUCAUGGAGAUGUGCUCCAUUUGGGGCUACAGAUCGAAACUAGAAGACCUCAAAGACACCAUUUCCACCAUCGGGAAAAUGCUCCUUGAUGCGGAGGCCAAGCAACAGCUCUCAAGUGAAGCGCGGGAGUGGAUUUUGAAGCUCAAGGAUGCUGUUUAUGACGCAGAUGACUUGUUUGACGAAUUCCUCACUUUGGUUGAGCUGAAUAAGCAGCAGUAUAUCCAUGGUGGCAAGCUUACAAAGAAGGUACGGCGUUUCUUCUCUUCUGAUAAUCAGCUGGGUGUUGCUUACAGAAUGUCACAAGGAGUUAAGAAUGUCAGGAAGAAGUUGUAUGUUAUUGUGAGUAAUCAUAAUAAGUUUGGCUUUACUGUUGACUAUGAACCUGUUAGGAGGAGAAGAGAGGAAACUUGUUCUUAUGUAUAUGCACCUGAUGUUGUUGGCAGGGAGGAUGACCGCAGAGCCGUCUUAGAUAUGUUGUUAGACUCUAGUUUUAAAGAGGAUUUCUGUUUCCUUUCCAUAGUUGGAGCUGGAGGGGUGGGCAAAACUACUCUUGCUCAACUUGUAUACAAUGAUGAAAAGGUGAAAUCCGAAUUUGACUUGAGGUUGUGGGCCUGUGUCUCUGAUCAAGACGGCGAACAAUUUGAAGUGAAACCUAUUCUUGCAAAGAUUCUUGAAUCAGCUGUUCGUCAGAAUCAUGAUAACUUUGGAUUGGAUCUGUUGCAAAACCGCCUGCAGGAGGUGCUCGGAGGAAAGAAGUACUUGCUUGUUUUGGACGAUGUGUGGAAUGAGGAUCGUUACAAGUGGCUAGAACUGAGAAAGUUCUUAAUGAUUGGUGGUUGUCGGGGUAGUAAGAUUUUGAUAACUACACGUUCAAAGCAGACAGCAAGAGUUGUGGGAAAUGAGUAUACAUAUGAGUUAAAAGGUCUUUCUGAUGAGAAUUCAUGGCAUUUGUUUGAGAUGGCAGCAUUUGAUAAGGGGUAUGAACAAGUAAAAUCUGGUGAAUUAGUUGAUAUUCGCAAGAAGAUUGUUAAAAGAUGUGUUAAUGUUCCUCUUGCUUUAAAGGUGGUAGGAAGUUUACUGUUUGGUCAGGAUGAAAGUAAGUGGCGAUCAUUUCAAGAGAUUGGAUUAGCCAAAAUUAGUAACGGCGAGAAUCAAAUUAUGUCAAUACUAAAGAUUAGUUACCAUAAUCUUGAAUUCCCAUUGAAGAGCUGCUUUAGCUACUGUGCUUUGUUUCCUAAGGGUUUUGUUAUAGAGAAGGAGAGGUUGAUAAGCCUUUGGAUGGCACAAGGAUACAUUGUUCCGAUUGAUGGUGGUCAGAGCAUAGAAGAUGCCGGUGAGGAAUAUUUUUCAAUUUUGUUACGAAGAUGUUUUUUCCAAGAUGUUAAAAUGGAUCAAUAUGGUGAAGUUGUGUCAUGUAAGAUCCAUGACUUAAUGCACGAGGUUGCUGAAGAAGUAGCCGGAAUGGAGAUUUGGGUUGGGACUUGUAUCACAAGUGCCUUAGAAAGGAAAAACCGACAUCUGUUUCAUGUUGGAAGCAAAUGUACACAAGAUUCUUUCACUAAGAUGAAGAUUCGUUCAUAUCUUCGAUCUAAAUGGGUUUGCACAUUUCCUUUACAUGUACUAAUUGCAAAUUGGUCAUCAUCUAUUAGAACGUUGGACUUGCAUAACCUGAAUAUCAAAUGUUUGCCUGAUUCAAUGGGUAAAUUGGUGCAUUUAAGGUAUCUUGAUCUCUCUAACAACAAACUGAAGAGACUGCCAAACUCAUUUACAAGGCUGCAUAACCUGCAAUCUUUAAACCUAGCUGGUUGCUACGGGUUUGAAGAAUUACCAAAAGAUAUCAGCAAAAUGGUAAAGCUCAGGCACUUGGACAUAUCUCAUUGCAAGCGGUUAACUUAUAUGUCUCCAGGCAUUGAUAAGUUGACUUGUCUGCAAGUUCUAACUGCAUUUGUAGUAGCUAAUGGAAGUUCAACAAUAAUGAAGCAGAAUGUCGGCCAAUUGAAAGACUUAAAAGCCUUCAAGAACCUAAAAGGCUGCAUUAGAAUCUCGAUACCUGAGGAUUCUACAAAUAUCAAUGAAAAUGACAUUGAAGGGGGGUAUUUGAAGAACAUGGAAAAACUCAAGGGUGUAUGCAUACACUUUGAACUGGGUAGAUAUCAUGCGGAUGGAAGUGUUGUUAAGUAUCAUGAAGCUUUGUUAGAAAAGAUACAACCACAUCCUAAUCUCAGGGGCCUGAAUUUGUUUGGGUAUCAGGGUAACAUCAUUCCUAGGUGGGGAAGAGCAGAUGAUAACUGGGCUUCUGUCCUCCCAAAUCUUGUCAAGAUUGAGAUUAGCAGUUGUAGGAGGUUGCAACAUCUCCCAUCACUGAGUAAACUAGCUUUUCUGAAGUCACUGCAACUGUAUGAUCUGAGUGAUUUGGAGUACAUGGAGAAUACUACCAGUAGUAAUGACAAUGAUGCUUGCGGAUCCUUGUCAACUGUCAGGGAAUAUGCAUUCUUCCCUUCCCUUGAAGUUCUUAAUUUAGAUACACUACCAAAUUUGAAAGGUUGGUGGAGACAAGUUGAUGAAAACAGCUCACAGUGGCAACCCUCAUUUCCACGUCUCUCUAGACUAUUGAUCCGCUGGUGCCAUAGCCUCAUUUCAUGGCCUUCCUGUCCAAGUGUGGAAACGCUGUGUAUGAGAGGUUUGAAUGGAAGCCUGCAAGUGAUGAUGGGCAAGGAUGCUAUAAGAUUCAUUCCAUCACAUUCUCGAGCCUCUGGGUCAGAUACUAAGAAUUCCCAUUUGCUGAAACUGAGAGAGGUUGAAAUAGACAAUAUGAAUUAUCUCAAAUCACUACCUACUCAUGAAUGUCUGACUAGCAUCAAGAUAUGUUCAGAUGACAAGUUGAAGAACUUAUCAGAAGUUGAGGAGGUACUCAAAAGCUGUUGUUCGUUGCGAAAUCUUACAAUUUCCAAUUGCGUCAGACUGAGGAGACUCUCAGGAGGGUUGGAGCAUCUCACCGCGUUAGAAUCAUUAUCAAUCUGUAGGAACCCCAAGUUGAGUUUCUCUGAAGAGGAAGUUGAUGGCAUGCCCUGGAGAUCCCUUCAUCAGAGUUUGCAUUCCUUAGAAUUUAAGGAACUUGAAAACCUGACAAGUCUGCCUGAGGGGAUGCAGCACCUGACCACCCUCCGAAACCUGACUAUUGACAGUUGUUGGAAUUUGAAAGCACUGCCAGAAUGGUUAAGCUGCUUAUCUUCUCUCCAGUUGGUUCAAAUCAAAUCUUGCUAUCACCUGAAAUCAGUUUUUGAUGCGUAUAAAAUUCAACACAUCCCCUCUAUCUCCAUUGUGCACGAUUAAACCUUUCAUCUUCCGUUCUUCUCUGUUUCUGAAAAAUGGUGUCUGCUUAUUCACAUUAAUGAAAUCAAAGACAACUUUCUUUGAAUUAUAGAGGAAUGAAUCAACUUUCUCAACAUUGGUCCGUUGCAUACGUUUGAACUUUGAACCCUUAUUCCCAUACUUGGCAAGAGCCUUGUCAGAGGCACUGCAGUGCAGCCUAGAAGCCUCUUGUUUAGUAUGCCACCUGGGAAAUCAAGCUAGCUGUCUUGUAUGGUGGCAUUAUGAUUUUCACAUGAUUUUGUUUGGUUUACUGGUUGUUUUAGAUGCAUAAUCACUUGAAGAAGAAAGAGAGUAGAUUUGUUCCCCUUUCUAUAUUGUUCCUGUUACAUGGUUCUCACUAAACUGAUGGUUAGAGCUCGCCUCGGUUUCCUUGUAUUUGUUACAUGCCUCUUAAAGAUUGCUUACAGUUGCUACUUGUUCUUAAA